AUGUAUUUCAAGGAGGUGGAAGAAUCGGAAUGGUCGGUCACUGGUGUCUUUGUAGGACGCCUCAAUCUAUUGCUGGACACAUUUGGUGUCUUGGUAGGACGCCUCAAUCUAUUGCUGGACACAUUUGGUUGGUAUUUUGAGCCAGACCAAAAUGAUAAAGAUUCCAUUGCUGUAAAACAGUUCUGGAAUGAAUACAAAAUAUUAGAUGUUGAAAACACCCUGAAACUUGUUGAAAAACAAACAAACUUGCAAGUGGCAAUUUCUGAUGAGACGGGACAUUCUGGAAAAUCAAAUGAACAUCCUAUGAAGCAUAAAAAUUCAAUGAACAAGAUCAAUGUGGCACCUAGGUUAGUUACAGAAAUUCUUGCAGAAGGAACAAUGAAGACAAUGGAAGCUUCUAAAACAAAUACUAAGAGACCAAAAGCUUUUUACAACAAUGUCAUUCGUCUUGGAUUGUCAUACAUUGUAGAUCUCACAUCUGAAUUUGAAAUUGGAAUGCAUACAUUCUUUGGUGAAGAAUGGGAUGAUCUUAAAACCAAGGGCAUUAUUCUUGAAACCAUAAAAGCUAUUAAAGAGGCACAAGAACUUAUAUUGGAUAAGAUGAAAAAUCAGUCAGCCAGUGUCAA